AUGUUAGAAAAAGGUACGGGUCAUAUAGUAUCAAUGUGUUCUAUUGGAAGUAUCUGCGGAUAUCCGUGCUUGGCAGACUACUGUGCUACAAAGUUUGGCGUAUUUGGGUUUAUGGAGGCACUACAAAACGAAUUGGCGAUAGACGGGAAUUCUGGAAUACACUUCACUUGCAUUCUGCCAUCAUUUUUUGCAACUGCUUUAAUCGAUGGUCUUGAAAUGGGGAUGGAACUGAAGCUGUUGUUUGUGAACGCUCACGAAAAUGAAAAGCAUUGUCGUUUUAGUAAGAAGACAGCAAACUAA